AUGUUUAUCUUACCAUCCAUAGCUGGAAUUAUGCCCGAUUCUCCUACAGUCAUCAAGGAUUGGAAUAUUCCUAGAAAUAUUGAAUUGGCUGAUCCACAAUUUUUUAUUCAACAAAAUGUUGAUAUUUUGAUCGGCGCUGAAGUAUUUUUUAAUAUUAUGUCCGUCGGUCAAAUUAAAUUGGGCCCUUAUAUGCCUUUAUUGCAAAAAACACUCUUUGGUUGGAUAGUUUCGGGUAAAUAUGCUUCCAAUUCCAAAUCAAUCAAUUGCAACUCACUGGUCGCUACCUUGGAAAAUAAUGAUGUUAACACAGAUGCUAAUUUACACGAGUUGGUAAAAAACUUUUGGCAAAUUGAGUCGGUCGAAACUAAUUCAAACAAGCUAACUGAGGAAGAAUUGUCAUGUGAACGUUUUUUCAAAUCUACUGUCCAAAGGUCAUCUUCUGGUAAAAUAAUAGUUAAAUUACCAUUCAAACGUCAUUUCUCUGAGCUUGGUUCAUCUAGGCAAAUUGCCGAAAAACGUUUUCUAUCAUUGGAAAGGCGAUUAAACUCAAAUUCCAAUCUUAAGGAAGAAUAUUCGAAAUUUUUGGAAGAGUAUUUAAGGUUAGAUCACAUGGAACUUGUUUCCAAACAUGAUGAAAGGCUUCUAUACUAUCUUCCUCAUCAUUGUGUAUUAAAACCACAUUCAUCUACAACUAAACUUCGUUUCGUAUUUGAUGGCAGUUAUGCUACAACAUCUGGGCUUUCAUUAAAUGAUAUCCUUAUGAUUGGUAUUCCAGCUCAAGAAGACUUAUAUUCAAUUCUACUCAGAUUUCGAUUUUACAAGUAUGGCUUAAAAGCUGAUAUUUGCAAGAUGUAUAAGCAGUUUUUACUGGAUGAAAGUAACGCAUAUUACCAAUGUAUACUCUGGCGAAAUAACUCUUCAGAAGAAAUUCAAACGUUCAAGCUUAAAACUGUUACUUAUUGUACUUUUGCAGCUUCUUAUUUAGCUACUAAAUCUUUGGUUCAUUUGGCAACUCUUAAUGCAGAGAUGUAUCCAAAAGGAGCACAGAAAAUACUGAAAGACAUGUACGUAGAUGAUUUGAUAAGUGGUGCAGAUUCUUUUGAAGAAAUGUCUAACAUAAAAGGCGAAGUUGAAACUAUAUUAGCCUCAGCUAAUAUAGUUUCAACUUCGCCAACUAAAUAUAAAACUAAAAAAAUGGUACUCAAGCAACAAGCGUUUCCUCGACAACUUUUUGAUCCCAUCGGCCUAAUAAAUCCUGUUGUCGUCAGAUCAAAGAUAUUUCUGCAAAGACUUUGGCUUCUUAAAUUGGACUGGGAUGAGUCUAUUCCAACAGAGUUGCACACCGAAUGGGAAAAUUUCCGAAGGGGGUUGCAUCUUCUCGACCAACUAUCAAUACCUCGUUUUGUUAAGUACAACAAAUCCGCACAAGUCGAAUUACACGGUUUUUGCGAUGCAAGCUCCAAGGUAUAUGGGUGUUGUAUAUAUCUUAGAUGUAUUGAUCCUGAUGGUACAAUGCAUGUAAAUUUGUUAACUGCUAAGUCAAAAAUUGCUCCAAUAAAGACUCAAUCGAUUCCUCGUCUCGAGCUGUUAAAUCAAAUAUUAGGCGUUGAAAUCAAUGAAAUAUUUUUAUGGUCUGAUUCUGAGAUUGCGUUGUCAUGGAUUUCAGCACAUCCUUCUACAUGGACUGUUUUUUUUGCUAAUAGAGUCUCGCAAAUCCAACAAUUAAUAGAAAAUUAUAAAUGGUUGCAUGUCAACGCUAAGGCGAAUGCAGCUGACAUUUUGUCAAGGGGUUCAAACGUAUCAGAAUUAAUAAAUUCAACUUGGUUCAUUGGUCCAGACUUUCUGAGGAAAACCAACGAUUAUUGGCCUAUGCAAAAGGUUAAAAGUGUUCAAUCUAUAACUUUAGAAAAGCGAGCAACUCUCACAAGUCAAAAGUGUGACACAACUCAUUCACAAGUCAAAAGUGUGAUAAUUAUCUUAUUAUUAUGCUACACUACAGUUCAAUAUGAUUUUAAAAAUUUACGCUAA